AUGAUUAAUUCUUAUCUUCAAAAGUUAUUAGAACAAAGAUUCCCAACUCCAGAUUUGUCAUGUAGUACACCAAAAGAUUUCGCCAAUGAAAAGCUUCGUGUGAACAAAGAUUCUUCAAUAUUGUUACAUGAUGAAAUACUUGCGUCAAGUAUUCCAGUAGAACCACAUCCUGCUUUUGAAUAUGAAAUUAUAUCUUCAAAAUAUUUUGUAUCUCCUCAAGAAGAACCGCAAAACCAUAGUGACAGAACACUUGAUACCUUGAAUCGUGUUGUUAAAUUUCGUUCUUGUCCUACAGUUAAUUGUGAUGAUUCCGUGAAUAUCAAUUAUUGUAUUAAUGAACAAAUAGAAUGUACAGAUUUCACCACCGUUGAACUAAAAACCAGCGAUUUGAAACAUGAAUCCAGUUUCUUAAUUGAGAUUCCCAAAUUGCUCCAUGUACCAAAAUCUACGGUUAUAUACGAUUUGCCAGAAUGGAAUACAUCAGAUUCAUUAAAUGUUUUUGAUAUUGAGCCCGAGGCGAUCCAAAUUCCGGAUAAGUUUAUAUCUGACGUGAUUCCAAAGAUAAUCGAUUAUGAAAUGAAUUCAAUCGCAAAAUAUCAACUAGAUCCGUGUAUUAUCCAAAAUCAGUCUAAACAGAAUAUACCACAUUGGAAGUUAGCAAAAUGGUCGCUCAAUUAUGAGUAUCAUUAUCCAAAUAUCAAAUCAUUCAUACAAUUCAUUAUUGAUCAAAAUAGAAUAACUGAAAGUAGUAAAUAUUUUGUGUACCCUGUGACAAGAUUCGAUCAUGAUCAUACUAAAAAGAGAUCAAUACAUCGACUUCGUGAAUUUUUCAUGAAACAUUUUCAUGAUGAUGAGUUGUGGCAAUUACCGAAACAUAUAUUGAUUGAAGAAAUGUCUUGGAAUCCAUUUGGUUUUGAUCUUGAAUGGUUUAUUGACAGACAUGUUGAGGAAGUUGUUGAUGUGGGUCAAAUAAACCAAUUAUCAAAAAUAACUGUCUGGAGGGAACCCAAGUUGAAAUAUAUCCCAACAAAAGAAGAUUUGGUUAAUGAUCCUUAUGACAGUAUACACGAAGAGCCACCAAAAGAACCGCCACCAACUCAUUCGGUGCAAACCCAAUUUCAAACAAAUAUGGCCACUUAUCAAAACGAUACUGCCGAAAUUGAAAAAUUAGCAUCACUUCGCAAGAAAAGAAGAAUUGGUGUUGAUUCAAGCAUUAUAUUACCACCUGAAAUCUCCACUUUACUGUUUGUUCAUCAUAAUAAUACACUUACUGAAGAAGAGUCUUUUUCAAUACCAGAACCAAGUGAGAUAUCUAAGGAGGAAAAGGAAACAAUCAACUAUAACUUUUCUUCCACGCAAUACAUAAUCAUAAAUCAAACAUUAUGGGAUAUGGAUUACCAACUAGCAAAUAGAUUAAAUGAUACAAUUCAAAUCAUUGAAUCUAAACUUUCUUAUCCAAUAGAUAUAAUAAUUAAUGCAAGCAUUGGAAUUGUAAUAACUUCAUCAGAAUAUCUCAUUCAAGUUGAUUCAGACAACAACUUCCUAAUUUUAAAAGAGUUGAUUCAUUGUAAAAUGUAUCUUCUGGAGGUAUAUGUAGUUGCAACAAUAUCCAAUCCUUGGUUUCUUGAACAUUGUGGAGAAAACUUCCAGAAAUUGCAAAUUCUUGCGUUGGGAUUUGACAUCAAAAUUGUUCUUGUCAUUAAAGAAGAAUUAUUCCAGUAUAUAAUUGACUUAAUCAACCUUGAAGGACCUGAAGUUGUGAACAACUUUAUUGAUCAGACAAGCCAAGAGUGUUCGUUUUUAUGUGAAUGUGGAUUAUCAUAUUUCCAAAGUAUUCGAAUCAUUGAAGAAUUUGGAUUUCAUGAAUUCAUCACCAGUAAUAUCCAAGUCAAGUUGGAUAGGUUUUCAAACAUCAUACCAUCGGAACUACUCGUAUGUAUAUGA